AAAGCCAAAUAGUAUAUAAUAAAAGUAUAUAAUUAUAUUAAGUGCUUUUAUGCAUUGCAGACAUGGGCGCGGUGUUAUGGUCAUAAUAGCCUCCAUACAGUUUAUGGGUGCAGUUCAGUGGUAUCGAUUGCAGUAAUCUACCGGCUGCCAUAGCUACUGUCGCAAAGCCCGACUGUCGUGAAUACUGGCCGCCCACUGAAGAUGGCGGCGGAGCUGCAUCCGCGGAGCGGAAAGCUGAUCGGCCUGUCCAACUCGAACCGAACCGCCCGGCGCAACCAGCCCGUCCAGGAGUUCAACCACGGCUUGGUGCUUAGUAAGGAGCCGCUGAGGGACCGGGAUGUCUUCACCGUCCGCAUUGACAAGAAGGUGAACUCGUGGAGCGGUUCCAUAGAGAUCGGCGUGACGGCCCUGGACCCCGCCGCGCUGGACUUCCCCAGCAGCGCCACAGGCCUGAAGGGCGGCUCCUGGAUCGUGUCGGGCUGCUCGGUGCUACGUGACGGCCGCUCGGUCCUGGAGGAGUACGGCCGAGACCUGGACCAGCUCGCCGAGGGCGACCGGGUGGGCAUUCAGCGCAGCUCCCGCGGGGAGCUCCACCUCUGGGUGAACGGGCAGGACUGUGGCUCGGCCGCUAGCGGCCUGCCGCCCAAACUCUGGGCGGUGGUGGACCUGUACGGCAAGUGCACUCAAGUGACGGUGGUGAGCUGUGAGCCGCCGCCGCCCUCCACGGAGAAAGAGACAAUAGAGCGGGACGAGGAGGUGGACGAUGUGGAGGAGGAGGAGGAGGAAGAGGUGGUGGUGCGUGGGGGUCGGGAGGACGCGGGGAUCACGGCACUGAUGAAUGUGGCAGCAAUGAAUGGAAUGAUGAAUGGAGAUGAAGUGCCUGAGCUAAGCUGCAGUCACAGCAGACCAGACAAGUUCCCCAACAACCUGGAGCCUGACACGGUUCUAACGGAGCACCAGCUCUUUGACGUGUUCAACAACGCAAUAGUAUCUUUUUAUCGCUCAGAGGACGAGGGCGGAGGGGAAGAUGGCGGCGGCGGAGGAGGAUCGGGAGGCGGCGGUGGAGGCGGAGGAGGAGGAGGAAACUCAGGAUCUGACUCCUCUUCCAGAAAUGACAGGGGGAGCAGCAGCGGAGGAGGUGCAGUCAACAGCGACAGUGGAACAGGGACAACAGGAGGAGGAGGAGGGACAGGAGAAAGUGGAAAUACUAAUAAUAGUCCUGCUGGUAACGGAGGUGUCGGGCAGACGGCUGUGACGGGCGCCAUGACUACCAACGACGCGCUUCUCUUCCACGAGAAAUGUGGCACACUGAUCAAACUGAGCAACAACAACAAGACGGCGGAGCGGAGGAGACCGCUGGACGAGUUCAACAACGGCGUGGUGAUGACCAACCGGCCGCUCCGACACAACGAGAUGUUUGAGAUCCGUAUUGAUAAGCUGGUGGACAAGUGGUCAGGCUCAAUAGAGAUUGGUGUGACCACGCACAAUCCCAACAACCUGGACUAUCCUGCAACUAUGACCAAUCUGCGCUCAGGUACAAUCAUGAUGAGUGGCUGUGGGAUACUGACAAACGGGAAAGGAACCCGCAGGGAAUACUGUGAAUUCAGCCUCGAUGAACUUCAGGAGGGAGAUCACAUCGGGUUGAUGCGUAAAGCCAGUGGAGCUCUCCAUUUCUACAUCAAUGGCAUCGACCAAGGCGUUGCAGCAGCCCAGACCCCCGGCGUGGUCUACGGCGUGGUGGACCUCUACGGCAUGGCCGUUAAAGUCACCAUAGUCCACAAUCACAACCACAGCGAUCGCCUCAGACGCAACAACGCCAUCAUGAGGGCUCUGUCGCCCGACGUGGGCCGGCCCAGGCCCGCUCUCUCCCUCACCCCAGACUCAGAGGGGCCCGACCGGCUGCUCUUCCACCCAAACUGUGGCCAGAAGGCCGCCAUCAUCAGUGACGGCAGGACGGCGCUGCGACCACACGCCACUGAUGACUUCAACCACGGCGUGGUGCUGAGCAGCCGGCCGCUGCGCUCCAACGAGGUGUUCCAGGUUCGUAUCGAUAAGAUGGUGGAUAAGUGGGCGGGUUCCAUCGAAAUCGGUGUCACAACGCACAACCCUGCAUACCUGCAGCUGCCCUCCACCAUGACCAACCUGCGCUCAGGGACGUGGAUGAUGACGGGGAACGGUGUAAUGCACAACGGAACAACAAUACUGGACGAGUACGGACACAACCUGGACCGGCUCAAGGCGGGGGACACAGUAGGCGUGGUGCGGAAAGAAGACGGCAGCCUCCACUUCUUUGUGAACGGCGUGGCUCAGGGCCCGGCGGCCUGGAACGUCCCUCCCAGCGUCUACGCCGUGGUCGACCUCUAUGGACAGGCUGCUCAGGCCACCAUCAUGGACGACAUGGUGGACCUCCUGCCUCUCCCAGAGGACAGCUCAGACGGGCCCACGGCCAUGUCCCCGGGGAGCCCCUGCUCCGUGGGAGGGGCCAUCACCACCAACGACCUGCGUUUCCACCAUCUCCACGGCACCAACGCUGUCAUCACCAACGGGGGGCGCACCGCCCUGCGUCAGAACUGCCGCAGCGAGUUCAACGAUGCUAUAGUCAUUUCCAACAGGUGCCUUCGAGAUGGAGAGCUGUUUGAAAUCAUUAUUCAGAAGAUGGUGGACCGCUGGUCGGGUUCAAUAGAAGCAGAUUUUCUCCUCCCCCCUCUGUGUCCAGGAGUGACGGCCAUCAGGCCCGAUGAGCUCGAGUUUCCCAACACCAUGACCGACAUCGACUACGACACCUGGAUGCUCAGUGGAACGGCCAUCAUGCAGGAUGGAAACACGAUGAGGAACAACUACGGCUGUGACCUGGACUCUCUGACCACGGGAUCACGGAUCGGCAUGAUGCGCUCCGCCACCGGAGACCUCCAUUAUUACAUCAACGGUGUGGAUCAAGGUGUCGCCUGCACCGGCCUGCCACCAGAGGUGUACGCAGUGAUCGACCUGUACGGUCAGUGUGUUCAGGUGUCCAUCACCAGCUCCUCCGGCCCGCUGGACAACAGCCUCUGUACCAGCAACAUCACAGAGAAGAGCUUCCCCAUCCACUCUCCAGUAGCAGGCGUGGCCCAUCGGCUCCACAGUAAACACGGUAAGAACGUGGUGCUGCUCGGCGACGGUUGCCAAGGCGUCAGAGUCGGAGGUUACGCUCACGGCAUCGUGUUCAGCGCCAAGGAACUCAAAGCAGACGAGCUGUUUGAGGUGAGGAUUGAUGAGGUGGAUGAGCAGUGGUGCGGAUCGCUGCACAUCGGUCUGACCACUCUGGCUCCUCCAGAGCUGCCGUCCUGCCCGCUGUCGGGCCUCUCCCCCUCCCUCCCGCAGCUCCGCACCAAGGUCACCUGGCUGCUCUGCGGCUCCGAGGUCCGUCGCAACGGCGUGCUGCAGCGUCAGAACUACGGCUGCUCACUGGACCGGCUGACGGUCGGGAACCGUGUUGGUGUGAAGAAGUGCAGUGACGACACAAUGCACAUCUUCAUCGAUGGAGAAGACAUGGGACCUGCUGCCACUGCAGUAGCCAAGAACGUCUAUGCGGUCCUGGACCUGUACGGGCGGAUAACGGCGGUGUCCAUCGUGAGCUCGUCGCUGAUGGAGGACCUGGAGAGCGUGAAGGCGCCAUCGCUCUCCUCAGACAGCUGCAGCGAAGGAGAGGAGGACAGCACUCCUGUCAGAGAGGUGGAGACGGAGCCGUGUGUGCUGGUGCCGACCAUCAUGGCGUUCCUGGAGAACCACGGCAAGAACAUCCAGCUGUCCAACCAGAACCUGACAGCAGCCAGAGUGUCCAGCUACAACCAGGGCCUGCUGGUCACCGCCCAGCCGCUGGCCCGCCAGCAGCUGCUGCAGUUUCAGAUCGACCGUCUGAACCCGUCAUGGACGUCGUCGCUGUCUCUAGGGGUCAUAGGUCAUUCCCCCGACCGGCUCAACUUCCCCUCCACAGCGUGCUGUCUGAAACGCUCCGCCUGGCUGCUGCAGAGAGACUCCGUCUUCCACAACUCCUUAAAGAUAUGUGAGAACUAUGGUCCUAAUCUGGACACUUGUCCUGAGGGGACGGUGUUGGGUCUGCUGGUGGACGCCAACAGUUGUCUCCACCUCUACGUCAACGGCAUGGACCAGGGCGUGGCAGCGCAGGACAUCCCUUCACCCUGCUACCCCUUCAUAGACCUCUACGGCCAGUGUGAACAGGUUACCAUAGUAACAAACAACGUGCCAGCUGUGGGCGGAGAGAGUGGCGAGACCCGUUGUCAGGGUGACAUGGAGAAGGCGGACAUGGUUGACGGAAUCAAAGAGAGUGUGUGCUGGACGCCGCCUCCGGAGGUCAACCCCAACAAGACCUGUGAGUACCAGGCGCUGUGCUCACGCUUCAAGGACCUGCUCACCUUACCAGAUGGAUAUUUUAAUGAAGACGUAAAGUACAACCUGUGCUACUGUGAGUCGUGCCACAAACUUCGGGGGGACGAGGCUUAUUACAAGAGAGGAGAGCCGCCCCGGGACUACGCCCUGCCCUUCGGAUGGUGCCGAUUCGGCCUCAGGAUCAAGCCCCACUGUGAGGUUUCUAAUGCACUGAAGAAGUGGCACAUCGCGUACCACGGCACCAGUGUAGGAGCCCUGCGGCGCACGCUGGACCACAGCCAGCUGCUGGCUGGGACGUCGUCCAUCUUCUCGGUGUCCCCGGUGAAGGCGGAGGGGCCUAAUGGCUACAGUGAGCCAGAGGAGAACAGCGCCCCCGGCAGGGAGGUCCCCAGAGUGCGGCUUUCACCCACUAUGCGCUACUCCGGCAUGGAGAUCUUUGCCCCUAAAGUGCAAUUUCGGGACCCCCGCUCCCACCGCAGCCACCAGGCUCAGGUGGGAUUCCAGGUGUGUGUGCGUCCAGGCUCCUACAAAGUGGGACCGCAGACGCUGGGCCACAGCGAGCCCCUGGACCCUCGCUUCAGCAACUCAGAGAUCGAGUGGAUCACGAAGGAGCAGGGCGGGACGCUCCUCUACGGACUCCUCAUCCGGGUGGAGUGAAGGCAGAGAGAGAGAGAGAGGCACCGGGGGAGGCGGGGCGGGCCCGGGCAGCGCUCCUCCUACUUUUGAUAAACUGACAACCAAAUCCAACCCCUGCCUUGAGCGAGAGACUCCUCUGGAAUCCAGCUGUUCCAACUGUGGAUUGUUGACAAUUCAGCAUUAUUGAUUAGUUUUGUUUAUUUUAUUGUUUUUUUUUUUUUUUUUGGUUGUUUGCUCUUGGACUCUUUUAAUGGCCGGGGGCUACGGCGGUUUCAAAGAAGAACAGACACUGCCUGCACUUUAUGUUCCAGACACUCGUGGGCGAUUUUUAAACUUACUUGUCAUCGACUCAACACGUUUGUUCAUUUUACAGUCAAGGUGUUUUUUUGCCACCUUUUCAUUCACAUGCUUCCCCGACAUGUUUUUUUUUCUUCCAACUACACAAACAGCAAUGUUUUGGUUUACCUUUUGGCACUUAUUUAACACUUCUCACCUCUGCUCUGGUCAGUGUUUUUUUUUCAUUUGGGAGGAGCUGUCCCCUGCCAACCUGCACGUUAACGGACCGUCACCUAAAAAGACUGAAAAAUGUGUCAAAAAAAACAAAAGAAGAGUGACAAUGUUUUCACAGAAAUAUAAAAAAAAAACAGAAAGACACUUGAAUCUGAGAAUGAACCCAAGAGUGUCUUGUGAUUGUGACUUCUUUAGGGGAGGAAGAUUUUAAAACUGGAGGAAGAAAAAAUGUUUACACAUGUACAACUGUAUGUUGCCGUUUUCUCCGUGUCUCCACAUUCGCAGUUCGGCUACUUUUUAUCAGUCCUGUUUGUGUUUCUGUUGUGGCCCAGAAUCACAACUCUUGUCUUGUCAAAUGGAAAACAUUCACAGGGUUUGAACUGUGAAAGAAACUGGAAAGUUUGGAAGAAAAAAAUGGACUUUUGGAAAUCUAAAAGUUGUGUAUUGAGAUAAUGAAUGACAAAGAAUCCAUUACGAUUAAUGAUCAAAAUCAAAACUUCUAGACUUUAUAGGUUUUAAUACAGAAAAAGGGGAAACAUUUUGUGAAAUGUGCUUAUUGGCUUUCUUGCAGAGUAUAAUAGCAGUGGUGCCACUCUCACGUGUCUAUUUACUCCUCUAAAGCUCACUAACUAAUAUGUUUUAUCGCCUUUAUUUAUUUAUUUACAAAAAAACGUACAAGAAACUUUGCCAUUUUAGCCGCACUAAUCCUUGGCUAGGCACCAGCGAAAACCCAAGUAAUUCAUUGGCACAUAACCCCCUGUAAAACAGUGAAUUAAAGUUUUCACACUUUGAUUUUUGUACAGCUUAUAAACACAUUAUGUAAUGUGUUAGUGAGCUUUAGGAUAAACAUGCAGCUGUAGCCUCAUGGAAGCAAACAGACACGUAAGCGGUUCUUAUCUAGUAAAGAAAGCCCAUAAUGCCGUACUCUUAAAACAAAAAGGGUAGGUGAAUGAAGCCUAAAGAUAAAAAUGGUUUUCCACAUCACUCCCACUGUCUCAUCGUUGACUCCAGAUCCACUCAGCCUCCACUCUGAUCAGCCGUGUCUCACUCCGAUCGGUCGUGUCUCACUCCGAUCAGCGGUGUCUCACUCCGAUCAGCGGUGUCUCACUCUGAUCAGAUCAGUCGUGUCUCACUCUGAUCAGAUCAGUCGUGUCUCACUCUGAUCAGAUCAGUCGUGUCUCACUCUGAUCAGAUCAGUCGUGUCUCACUGAUCAGAUCAGUCAUGUCUCACUCUGAUCAGAUCAGUCGUGUCUCACUCUGAUCAGAUCAGUCGUGUCUCACUCUGAUCAGAUCAGUCGUGUCUCACUCCGAUCGGCCGUGUCUCACUCCGAUUAGCGAUGUCUCACACCGAUCAGUCGUGUCUCACUCUGAUCAGAUCAGUCGUGUCUCACUCCGAUCGGCCGUGUCUCACUCCGAUCGGCCGUGUCUCACUCCGAUCGGUCGUGUCUCACUCCGAUCAGCGGUGUCUCACUCCGAUUAGCGGUGUCUCACUCCGAUCGGUCGUGUCUCACUCCGAUCAGCGGUGUCUCACUCCGAUUAGCGAUGUCUCACACCGAUCAGUCGUGUCUCACUCUGAUCAGAUCAGUCGUGUCUCACUCCGAUCGGUCGUGUCUCACUCCGAUCGGUCGUGUCUCACUCUGUUUACCUGGCAGGACCUCCAGAGCCAACAACGUGUAGUUUCUAGAUCAGCAGACCGACGCUGAUGUUUACAUGUGAAUGUUCUUCAUUAGGGCUCUGCAGUUCUUUUUUAUUUUAUCUAACAUCAAUGAUUUACAUUUGUCAAAUGUUUAUACAAGGGUUUAUUUAAUCCCAAACAUCCACGUAAUGAUUGAUUGUAUGUGAACAGUUUCCAAAGCUUUUCUUUUUCACCGUUCUCAGUCCUGUUGCCAAUUUGAUAAAAACCUGCUGAAGAACAUAAAAACCCCAACUUUUUUCAAGGCACACUUGUGACUCGAAAAUUAUAAUUGAAGAAGCUCAGACACCUUCUACGAGCAGCUGUGAUCUGACUGACAGAAGAUCGACAUCGGGGCUUUGGCAGAAGGAAACACUUCCAAUCAAAAAAUGUGAAAAAAUAUUAUUAUUAUUAUUAUAUGGGUUAUUUAUGACCCAGUGCUGCUUUGUACAAUUUUAAUUUGUAUGGUUUUCUUUAUUUGUUUUCUGUAUGUUGCGUUGUACAGGCUGUUACAUAACAAAUCAUAUCUUCCUGAUUUAUAAAAAAUAAAAAUAAACUGACAGACAGUAUGCACAGAGAAA